GCACUCUGGCACUAGUAGCUGUCCACAGCGGACCUCUUCAUCAUUCACUGGGAGUAAGAAAAGCAGCAGAGCAACAGCCAACAUGCCAGUUGAUUUGAACGGAUAUUGGAAAAUGAUUUCCAGUGAUAACUUCGAGGAGUACCUGAAGGCUCUUGAGGUAAAUGUUGCCAUCAGGAAAAUCGCCACCUUGUUGAAGCCUGACAAGGACAUUGUCCACGAUGGGGACCACAUAAUCAUCAAAACCCUCAGCACCUUCAAAAACUACAACAUGGACUUCCAUGUGGGCAAAGAGUUUGAGGAGGAUCUGUCUGGAGUGGAUGAUAGGAAAUGCAUGACCACCAUCAGCUGGGAGGGAGACAAGCUGGUGUGUGUGCAGAAGGGAGAGAUUGAAGGAAGAGGCUGGACACACUGGGUGGAUGGAGAUGAGCUUCAUCUGGAGCUGAGAGCUGCAGGAGCUGUUUCCAAGCAGUUAUUCAAGAAGACCUAAACUUAUUGAACAAGACGUCGACCACGGCGGACAUCGGCUUACAGAGACACAGCAGACUCAUCCCAUGCCUCUGACAUCCCAUCAUAUUUUCACAAAAGAUCCAUUUAUAUUCCAUCAAGGCUGUUGCCUUACUCUACCAAAAGCCAAUUCAAAGGGUCGGAGGCAGUGUGUAUCAUGUAACAUCACAAAAUGCAAUACUGUAUAUCUGUCUCAAAGUGGGGGCUCUUUUGAUUAAUCAGUUUAGAUGUGUUGGAUGCAUGCAUACCGCUACUGUAGGGUUAGUAUGGUUGUAUCUGAAUGUGUUUGAGGGCAGUAAACUUCUUUGCUACCUUUGCUUAGUCUCCAGAAUGGAUAUCAGAUAUGAUGCUGUGUAUUUAUCCCUCCCAAUUCCUUUGGAAAUGUGCCAUUGAUAGUAAAAUGAAUCAAUCAAUAAAGUAAACAGCAAUUAUGUUAUUUGUCUUUUUCUUAGUGGUUAAACCUGCCAUUUCUUUUGUUAAUCCGACUUAUCCGAUUUGUAAAUAUUUGUUUGGCAGUCAUACAACGGACAAACCAUUAAAAAUGAUGUGUACUGUGUACUUGUGUACUGAAGUUUGUCAGGCCGACAGAUCAGCAGUUUGAAGCUCCUUUUAUUGUAAAAUGCCUUUUCAGACAUGCGCAAGGAGUCUGAGUGCCUCUCCUUGAGAAAUUCAGAGAGUGAAGUGAAGUCUGCGGAGCUGUGGCCAGACAACUCGAGCCACGCUGUGCUCUGAAUCAGCUAAUCUGUCAACUCACUUUAUGCAUUGCCAUUAGCAAUUGGGCAGUCACCUGUCCAACUCACUUGCUUAUUCUUUGCCGCUGCUCGCCCUGCUGUUCAGCCUCCUGCCGCCUCUUGUGCAUUCACUCCUCGCCAUCCCCGCCGUCUACCUGUGGGCUCUGUUUAUGUAUGGUUCCUCAGGGGGUUGUUAUUGAUCUCUCCUUGCUCUUGCUUUGGCUAGU